AUGACGCCAAAAUUUAUUCCCCAGGCUUUUGGAAUGCCCUUGUCCCAAGUGAUUGCUAAUGACCGGGCCUACAAGCUCAAGCAGGACUCUCAGAGAGAAGAGCAAAAAGAUGUUUCAGAUUUUGUGGCCUUUCUUUUGCCAUUUGGAACUAAAAGGCAGAACAAAGAACUUUCAAGCAGUAACUCAUCUCUUAGCUCAACAUCCGAAACACCGAAUGAGUCCACUUCUCCUAACACACCCGAGCCAGCGCCACGAGCAAGGAGGCGUGGCGCGAUGUCUGUGGACUCUAUUACAGAUCUUGAUGACAAUCAGUCACGAUUGUUAGAGGCUCUCCAGCUCUCUCUGCCAGCAGAAGCCCAGAGCAAGAAAGAAAAGGCAAGAGAUAAGAAACUAAGCCUGAACCCUAUUUACAGGCAGGUUCCUCGGCUUGUAGAUAGUUGCUGCCAGCACUUGGAAAAGCAUGGUCUCCAGACAGUAGGAAUAUUCAGAGUUGGAAGCUCAAAAAAGAGAGUAAGACAGUUACGUGAAGAGUUUGACCGGGGCAUAGAUGUUGUAUUAGACGAAGAGCACAGCAUUCAUGAUGUUGCUGCUUUAUUAAAGGAAUUUCUGCGUGACAUGCCUGACCCGCUUCUCACCAGAGAACUUUAUACAGCUUUCAUCAACACUCUCUUAUUAGAGCCAGAUGAACAGCUAAGCACCUUACAGCUUCUCAUUUAUCUUCUACCUCCCUGUAACUGCGAUACCCUACACCGGCUGCUGCAGUUCCUCUCCACAGUGGCUGGCCAUGCAGAAGACACCACAGAUAAAGAUGGCCAAGAGAUUACUGGGAACAAAAUGACAUCGCUUAACCUGGCCACUAUCUUUGGCCCAAACUUGUUGCACAAGCAGAAAUCUACAGACAAAGAAUUCUCAGUCCAGAGCUCAGCUCGAGCCGAAGAGAGUACUGCUAUCAUAGCCGUCGUACAAAAGAUGAUUGAAAACUACGAAGCCCUUUUCAUGGUUUCCCCUGACCUACAGAAUGAAGUGCUUAUUAGCCUGUUAGAGACUGACCCAGAUGUUGUGGACUAUCUGUUGAGGAGGAAAGCUUCCCAGUCAUCGAGCCCUGAGAUGCUGCGGUCAGAAGGUUCCUACUCCACGGGAGGAAGACAUUCUUCCACAGACUCCAACAAAGCUUCAAGUGGAGAUGUCUCCCCUUACGACAACAACUCCCCGGUACUGUCUGAGCGCUCGUUGAUGGCAAUGCAAGAAGAAGUUGCCCGCAGCCCAGAUAAGCUGUACAGGGUACCUGAACAGUACACGCUGGUUGGACAUUUACAGCCUAAGACAAAGGAGAAUUCUUCUGCAUCACAGGCUGGAAAAGAUGUUUCUGAAGAUCAUUUUGAUAUCUGGGGCACCUGGCAUUCAACGCUGAAAAGCGGCUGCAAAGAUCCAGCAAUGACAGGUUCUUAUGGGAACAUUUACGAAAGCAGCUUGCUGCGACCUGGACAGUGCUCUCUUUCCCAGGGGAACCUCUCUAUGUCUUCUCCUCGGUGGCAAAGCAGCUCCUCCGAAUUGGACAACGGCAGACAGGUCAUGCGACGGAGCCAGACGACUGCUGCCAUUCCCGAGUGUCAGCUCCAUCCCGCAGCGCCUCGAGUGUGCAGUAACACACAAACAGAAGUCAGCAGUAGGAGUUCAGACCUGUCGCGCUCAAAGUCGGAGCGGCACUUGACUUUAAGCAGUGUGGAGGACCUCAGUGAGCAUGACUUGAACACAGGUUGUUCACAAAGCACAGCCAAGCCCUCCUACAGAAAAGAGAGGCCACCACCCCCAUACCCAGGCCCAGCAAAAACAAGCUCUGCGUUGUUGCAGCGAUCGAGCGUUUCUUCAACGUUGCACUCUUUGUGGAGACAUCAGCGCCAAGAAAAAAGUUCAGGGACCAGAGCAGCUGGAGGACCGCCAGCCAAAGGCCCUGACCAGGUCACCUCCAGGCAGGAGCGGCCGGCCCCGUGCACCCAAGCGGGUCACAUCUAUUCCACAGCACCUCACAGUCAGAACAGUAAAAAUGUUUCAGAGGUGGACUGGCAUGAUUGGCAAAGGGAGAGGUGCCAAAUUUGGGAGCUUUUAUCAGCUGACAACCCAGACGCCCUCCCGGAAACCCUUGUAUGA